CUCCAAGUGGUUGGUCACUUUUUUGUAGAGCGGGCUGUUUAUCACUUUCUCCCGUGGUUUACUGUGGAUAGAAAUGAACUUUAUGAAGUGGAUUACUGGUUCCAGUGAAGAUUCUACCAAUAAUGAUCAAUUAGAUUAUUCAUUUCUUUUUCCAGUAACUAUAGGAGUAGGAUCAAUCCUCAUUUGCCUUGCCGCUCAUUACCGAAACGAGUUACCUAGCUUAAGGUUGAAAAUGUAUCAAAAUGCCAAGGAUGAUAAACAAGCGCCUAUACGUCGUGGUAAUCCGUAUACGAAAGAAAACAAAAAGAAAACCAAACAUUCCAACAAACCUGAAUCACGUAUUUCUGAAGUUCAGGUUCAAAAAACACCUGAAGUUAAAAGGCAGACACCUGUUGUAAAUGAAACGAAACCUCCUGUCGUAUCCACUGAACAAGCCCAACACACCACUGUCCAGCCUCCUCAAAUUCAACAAGAAAAUGUAAGCAAUACCAUCGAUAGGAUUGAAGCUGAAUUCUUUAAUCCCGCACCAAAGAAGCCGAAGAAAUCCAAGCGUUCAUCUAAAACCAAAGAUAAUGAUGGUCAUGGUUUACGUGAACAGGCUGAAGUCGAUCCAGCGUGGGUUACAGUUACCUCUAAAAAAGUGAAACUCUCCAGUCGAAGUUCCCAAAAUAAGACAAAGAGUGUAGAGAGUGAAGCAUCAGGGGAUCAAUCAGUUUCGGAGAGUCAAUCACCAUCGGACUCAGUAAAUGAAUCACCUAUUCAGCAUAAACAAGGAGAUUUUAAGCAACAAGAAUCUCCUGUCAAUAGUAAGGAUAAGCCUACGAAAUUAGAAUCCAGUGUAAAAACUACAAAUUCUCCUAAACAAGAGAAAGUCACCACCCCAUCUGAACGCGGCGAACAUGUUAAAGUCGCCGUUGCGAGUCCAAAUCCUACAACAUCCUAUGAAGAAUUACUAUUAAAGAAUCUCGGUGCAGAGACUGUAACCGCUAUCCGUUCUCUCAUUCUUAAUAGUGAGAGUCAUAUACCUCGUUCUCCUGAAGCUCAUUCCUCUCCUGCUCCUGCGAACAAUACUGAAUUAAACAAACAAAAAACAUCACCUGUACAGUCAAAGGAAUCUAAUCAGACGCCUAAAAAGAAUGACCUCAUCUCACAGCAUACGGCAGCACAACUACAAGCCAGAGAAGCUGAAUGUCAGAUCCUACGCACAGAAGUUGUGCAUCUUAGAGAAGAAGUGACAAUGCUGAAAUCACUGGCUAUUAACCAUGUUCCUAUUAAGAAGCCAAUGAAUGAUGCUGAAACCAUGACUGAUGUAAUGGAUCAAACAAAGAUGUCAUCGAACGAUCCAGAUGCAGUACUGCUGUCUACUCUUCAGGCAGAAAUCGCUCGUUUAGCCAAAGAAGUAGUGAUAUAUCAACAACGUAGUGAAAAUUUGAAGACUCGCCUGGAUGCAGCCAAUAAAAAGUUAUCCGAUUCAAAAUCUAAAUCCGUCGAUGAAGCAAAACUAUUACAGCAAUCAUUGGAUUCACAAACUGAGAAACUGCAUGAAGUAGAGACUGAGAACAAGCGUUUAGAAAAAGAAUUGAAUGAUGCUCUACAGAAAGCUGAAGUACAUCGUCGAAAAUUAGAGGAAAGCGAACACAAUAUCAAUCAGCGAUCAGAUGAACUCGAAACACUUCGAGUGGAUGUUUCAUCACUUAGGAAAAAUUAUGAAGCUCUUGAGAAUGGCAACUCUUUACUUCGCGAAGAAAAGGAUACACUGGCGCGUAAAUAUGACGAAUUAAAUAAGAAACACGCAACGAUUGUAACCGAAUUGAAUGCAUUGCAAUCACAGUGUAGUGUAUUCCAUCGACAAGUAGCUGACUAUGAAGAACGUUUACACAAGGUGAAUGAACAACAUCAACAUACUGUCGAUGACUUAAAAGAACAAUUAAAGUCAUUACUGUGCAAUAGUCAAACUAAUGAAAAAUCACACAUUAAUAUGAUACAUACACUGGAGGCAAAAGUGGAACAAUUAACUAAAGAAGCUGAUGAACACAAGAAACAAAUUAGUGCAUAUGAAGUUGAAGUGAAGCAUUUACAAGCACAGAAAAAUACUCAGGUUGCUGAACAAAUCAAUACUGUGUCAAAUGAAGAUAAAGAUAUGCAGACCUCUGAUGAUGUGUACAAUAGAAAAUCUAAUGUCAAUCAGUCAAACAAUACAGAAUCCAGUCAAUAUAUUGUUGAGUCUAUGGAGUAUAGAUUGUUACAAGCUCAGGUGGAACAGUAUAAAUCAGCACUGGAUGCUACAGAAUUAAUGUUAUCUAAACUACAAACUUCAGUGAACGAAGAAGAAGCACGUUGGCAUAAAGCGCUUGAUGCUGCUAAUAUUGAAAAUGAACUGUUAAAAACAAAGUCAACUAAACUUGAAGCAGCUUUGAACGAAUUAGUACAGGAUCGUAAUGCUUUGACAAAGACAAUUGAAGAGCUGCGUAAUAAAACUCAGUUCAAUAAUUGCAACUCGAUUGAUACACCUAAUAAUAAUAAUAAAACUGAUAAAUCGUCAUCUAUUUCACCGUCACCUUCGUCACCACUCUCGACUACAACGACAACAACAGACACAGAUGAACAAAAUAUGUCUAAAUCUGAAUUGAUUACUUUGGUGACUAAACUUCGCUAUCUUGUUGAAGUUGAAAGGAAUGCCUUAAAACAAGAACAAUCCUUAUCAGCCGAGUUGAGAACAAAGCUGAAUGGUACAAAUUUCUAUGAUGACAAUAUUAGUAAUAAUCAUAACAACAAAAAUAACAACCAUUUACCGAAUUCUUUUGUGGAUGAUGACGAUGAUGAUGAUGCAGAGAAGAAGUUGAACUCAAAAGAUCAACCCUCCUCAGGUGUUAGUCAUACCAAAGAUAAUGAUAAUUGUGUGAACCACAAGGAUAUUAGUAAUCAUUAUAAUAAUACGCACAAUAAUAAUAGUAAUAAUAACGGCCAGAAGGACACCUCCGACGAUGAUGAGGAUGAUGACGGUGUGGAUCAUGAUGAUGAUGAUGAUAAUGUUAAUAAUGGUGAUAUGGACAAGUGUGAAAAAGGCAACACUUCAUAUGAUGUCAUCUCUAAAGUAGCCGAUUGCAUUCCACCACAUGAAAUAUCAUCAAACGAUAGCAGCUAUAUCCUUUUAUCGAAUGGUAUAAAUGGAAAGGCGGUUAACAAUGGUACUGAAAAUGACUAUAGUAAUGGUACUGAUAGCAACAACAAUAACACUGAUGGUGAUAAUAAUUAACUGUAAUAUGAUUUUCUUUUUUGUUGUUUUGUUUUUGUUGCUGUUUAUUUUGACGCUCUUGUUCCCCCCGCAUCACAUGCUCUUGUUUCCUCCACUUUAUUCACUUAUUUCACUUUCAUGGGGUUCCUCCUAUUUCCUUCUUGAAUAGAUUAUUGUUUCAUUCAAGUUUUCUUAUAUCUAACCGUCUUUUGUUCCCUGUUUUCUUCUGCUUGUCUUACUCAUCACUGGUUUCAGUGUGAUGUAAUCAGGAAUGAAUGUUUUCAAUAAUGACGAUAUCAUUAUUCUUAUGACAUAUUUGUUCUUCUCCUACUCCCCCGCCGCCCCCGCAACUUUGUCUUUCUAUCUGUAUAACACUUGUGUGUGUGUGUGUGCGUGUUCUUGAGUGUGGAUUUAUUUGUGUCUUUGGCCGUCUGGCUUGUUAUGCCACAUGUGCGUUUUUGGGUUCCUUCUCAUUUCUCUUUAUUUUUAUUCUUUUCUCUAUUCCUUUUUCCCCCUUUUCACCUUCUUUAAUGUAAAUAUAACUGUUGUUGUUGUUUUCUUGUGAUUGUUGUAUCUAUCUUCACUUUUCUCAGUUGAAUAUACACAUACAUAUAUACGCAUGGGUGUGUGUGUGUGUAGGCUGCUCAAAGCGAUCCUGUUAACAGACAAAAGAUAUAUACAUAUAUGUACUUUUGGUUUGUAUUACAAGUUCAUGUACACGCAUGCAUGCGUACACUGAUAAACGCACAUUAACAAUGUGUACCCUUAAGACUCAGUUGGUUCUCGUAUGCCAGCCAAGGGGGGAUAUAAUGUUGUGCACAGCAGCUUUUGCGUCCAAGAACUACAACAACACUCCAUGCUUUCAUUGAUAUAUUUCUGUCUAUCUCUUUCUCUAAAAGUGCCUUAACAAUGUAUGAAAUAAACAAUUUCGAUUAUUAGAACUAUUAUUACACAUAUGUUAUAUAUACAUAUAUUAGCAUUAAAUGCAAUAAAUUAAGGUGUUUUGCUAAGAAAAAUAAAUUUUCCUUUUUUGUACUUUGAUAUCAAAAAAAACUUUUUUUUGUUGUUGACGGAACAUGAAAAAAAACACUCAUUACUACUAUUAUUACUAUUGGGAUUAUUACUCUUCUAUUAUUAUUAUUAUUGCUACUACUAUUAUUAUGAAUAUUAUUGGUAAUCUAUCGAAUAUUGAAUAUAUAUACAACAACACAUAAAAAUGAUGUGGCCUGUAUGCCUGAGUUUUCUGCCCCCCACCACCUCCUCGUUCGGUCACCAUUUUGUAUUUUUUUUUCCUUUAUUUAUUAUGCGGCAUUCUUUCCGCCUUUUCUAAGUUCACUGCUAUUGUUCCAGUGUUAUGUAAUGUACACGUUGGGAGUGUGUUUGUGGAUUUUCGGGAUACCCAAUGAUUCGGCACAAACUCUGUACUCUUCAACACCUUCCUCUCUGGGAAAAAAAUUAAUCCAAAAACAAACAUAGGCAUUUGUUCAAAUGUGAUGAAGAGGUUUUUUUUGUAAUUGUGUGUGUUUAUGCGUGUGUGAUUACACUUUGUUGUGUUUCUUUCUGCACAAGUUUUUUCGGGUAGGGAUAAACAUAAAUAUUGAUUUCUUUUCUUUACUUUUCUCAUUAAAAGUUCGUUUUUUUUUAAAUUGUUCAAUUGUGUGUGUGUAUCUGUGGGUUUGUGAGCGUUUGUCUACGCGUCCGGGAUUCACUAUGAACAGACGACCGUGAAGUGUAAGAGAUGGUAUUUGUGCUAUGAUUUCACUCAUACCCCUACGAUCGGUCGACCAAGUGUUGUGUUUUCGUUCGUCUUCUUCUUUUCCUUUUAUUUCUCAAUUUCUGUUCCCCUUUUUGUUUCUUAUAUUAUAAUUAUUUAUAUAAAUUAUAUACAUUUACACAUAAACAUUUGUGAAGUCAGUUGAUUGUGUAAUACAAUUGUUUCGUUACAGUAUUGCUGUGUUGUUUAUUCUGUGAUAACAUGCGUGAAAAAGGUUAAUUAUGAGGACGAUGAGAAUUAAUUAUGUUCCCUUUUUUGGUUGAGCUUUUCUACUUGCAUAGUUCUACAUCGAUAAUCUUAGUUUAAUC